GAAUGGCAAGACGUAAUAUCUAUCUCUCUAUAUAUAGUAACAAGUAUCUGAGACAUUAUUCAUAAUCAAAACAUCUACAUAAUUCCUUGAGAGUUUUCAAUCAUGGCAUUCCACUCCAAUUUCUUUUUCACUUUGUUAGUUUCUUGUUCUGUAAUUUCUCUCAUUGAUGCCAGUAAUGAUGGAAUCACAGUCGACCUUAUUUAUCGUGACUCUCGUCUUUCACCAUUCUACAACCCCAAUAAAACUCAAUUUGAGCGUCUAGACAGCAUGUUCAGUCGUUCACUUGCACGUAAAGCAUUCCUGAAUCCAACCUCAAUUUCCACAACAGACUCAAUCGAAGCAGUCCUCAAGUCCAGUGGAGGAGAAUACCUCAUGAAAAUCUCCAUUGGAACGCCACCUGUUGAAAUCCUAGUCAUGGCUGACACAGGCAGUGACCUACUGUGGACACAGUGCCUUCCUUGUGAGACUUGUGAACAAAACGCGCCACUUUUUGAUCCCAGAAAGUCAACCUCGUACAGUCAUUUGCCGUAUUCAUCUAAUCUAUGUCGUGCUGUGACUGCUGUCGGACAUGCAAGUCGUGACCAUGAAGAUAAUUGUCGAUAUUCUGUUUCCUAUAGGGAUGAUUCUUACAGUAAAGGAGAUUUAGCUACGGAAACUAUUAGUCUUCAGUCGAAUUCUGGAAAAUCAGUGUCUUAUAAGGUUGCGUUUGGUUGUGGCCAUGAUAAUCGUGACACUUCCAACGAAGCUGAUGCUGGAAAUACUGGAAUUAUAGGCCUUGGAGGUGGAAGUCUUUCACUGGUCCGCCAGUUGUAUAAAUCCAUUGGUGGAACAUUCUCCUACUGUCUGACUCAAAUUGAUGAAUACGAUGCUCCAAGUAAGAUAAGUUUUGGUAGUGAUGCUUUGGUUUUAGGGCCAAAAGUUGUGUCCACUCCCUUGAUAAUUUAUAAAAGUUACUACAUAAGAUUGGAGGGUGUUACUGUUGGAACCAAUAGAUUAAACUAUGAACCCCCCUCCGGAAACGGCUUUCCUGAGGAUCGAGGCUACAUUAUUAUUGAUUCUGGGACGAUGUUAACUUUCUUCUUCGAGCAAUUUUAUCUGAAACUUGAAUCAGCGCUCGUGGAAGUUAUUAAAGGGGAACGUGUCAAGGAAACACCAGGUGACUUUAAAUUGUGCUAUCGAACCAGCCGUGGAGAUUUUGAUGCACCAAAAAUUGUAGUUCAUUUCAGUGAUGCUGAUUUAGAGUUGUCAUCAACAAACACAUUUCUUGAAGUAAAGGGGAUGCUUUGUUUAACUAUGGUACCGUCCAAUGAUAAACAAAUCUUUGGGAACUUGAAUCAGAUGGAUUAUCUCGUAGGAUAUGACCUUGUGAAUAACAAGGUUAGUUUCAAGCCAACGGAUUGUUCCAAGUUCCCUUGAAAA